AUGCAAACCUCCCGGCUACCAUUCGACAUAUACCUUGAAAUCAUCGACGUAGUCGCUGCAGACCGGGACCGACAUCUCCGCCGGGCCACUCUAGCCGCAUGCGCCCUCACAGAGAAAUCAUGGCUCCCCAAAGCGCGAGCUCGCCUCUACCGCAAGGUCGUGUUGCACGAGGACGUGGAAUUUCUCGCAUUUUCAAAAGCGCUACUCGCCAACUCUCUGCUCGGGCCUCAGGUGCGGGAGCUCUCGAUGUACAUUUCCUGGGCAGAGUCCGCAUGGUGCUCUUGGGACAACAACCCAUGCAUCGGUUUUUACGACCCCUUUCCCUUGCAGGCCGUGCGUACGCUGUCUAACAUCAGGAGCGCCGUCUACGAGCAUGACGGCGGCGAGUUCGUCUAUGACGCGCUCGUCCCCUUCCUACGGGAGCUUGCCGCGCGACCCUCGCUUCGGACGCUCGAGCUGGGCUGUAUCACAUUUCUGCGCCCUGGCGACAUUGCCGACAUCCUUGCUGGUGCCCCUCAUCUCACGCGCCUCUGCGUCAGCACUUGUUUAUACUACGAUUAUCAACGCAGUGGCAUCGUCCUCCCCCUCGAAGAGGACAGCCGGAUGACUCCCCAAUACUGCAGGGAUCUCCGUGCGGUGGUGUUCACGGACAACGAGAAUAUGGACUCAUUGCUCGACAUGCUGCCGGCACACUGCACCAUGACCCACCUCACCCUGGGCCCAAUUUGGCGCGAGCCCGAUCCGUUUUUCCAAGCAUCCUACACUGACGAACACCAGAACCAGUUCAGAGCGCUGCCCGACUAUACCAAGCUGGAACGGCUCGUGCUGCUCGUCGUGAACACGGGCGCGUGGACUGCGGACGCGCUCGCGAAGGUGCGCGCGCCCGGUCUGCAGACGCUCGCGCUGUUCUGCUGGUACAAGGGCACACGUUGGCGACCGGCAUUGGCGGAUCUCCCGCUGCGAGAUAUCGACGCGUUGUUGGCGACGGACCCAUUCCGCGGCCUACAGCGUGUUUUCGUCACUGUGUACUGCCGCUGUGAUGGGUCCACCGACACGGACAGUGAAGAGGAAUAUGAAGCUGAGGACGAGAAAGACAUGGACCGUUCCACAGAAGAUCCCGGGGACAUCUCUGCCGAGGACAGCGUCUGGUUCGAGCAGCAAGUUCGCGAGUCGAUGCCCCUUUGCUGUGCGCGCGGAACCCUUCAGGUGCGGACCCAGCUCGGUCACUGGAAACGCGUGCCUCACUACACAAACCUCGACUUAGAAGCUCAUUCCGGGGAAUUGUAUUAUGCACUGCACCUAGACGCGGGGGGCCCGUAG